UGCACUAAAAAGUCGGUAGAGCGGAGAACUAACCUAUUAAAUUAAAGUGAAUCACAAUGGGAAUGUUCAGAGUUGUGUACUUGGUCUUAGGUAUCCUUGUGAUUGGUGUUCAGUCCAGAGAUAUUCCAAACUGCGACUUUUUCGAUACGGUUAAGUUAAGGGAAAGUGAAAAACUACCCGAUGGAUCGUAUAGAUACGAGGAUGUCGUUAUUCCCGCGCAACUAACCGGAGAGUAUGACUACGAGAUUGACUACGAUGGCGAUAGGGUUUCCGUUCCCAAUCACAUCCGUGUCUGUGUCUGCAAACUGAAGACGUGCAUUCGGUUCUGUUGCCAUCCCAAAAAGCUAAUGGCAGGCAACUUGUGCUCCCAAGACAUAUAUGAAAACCUUACCUACGAAUACACCCUGGACAUAACACAACUCAACGGAUCGGUGAUUAAGAAACAUGUCUUAAAGGACAUGGUCGUGCAGCAGGAUCUUCCACUUCCUUGCGAGAGGCACUAUUCAUUGGAUGCGGAGACAUGCAAAUACGAUAUGUGGUCACUAUAUGAAAAUGGAUCGUUAUUCCGGCACUUCGAUCAGCGUUAUCUUUCAAAGCAGGAGUUUUGCCUGCAGCCCAAUCCGACAAGUACCGGGAAGAACUACAGCCUCAUUGUCGCCUUCAACUGCCUUCAAAUACCAUCUAUGAAAAUGGCAUAUGGUAGGUUUGAAUGUGUGCCGAGAUCCGGAUUACCGAAUGCUUCCAUUUCAGUCAAGUUCAGCUCCGUCUUCUUUAUGGUCAUUACAAUUGCGGCGUACCUUUGGCUGCCGAAAUUCAGAUCGCUCCAUGGCAAGUGCUGCAAUUUGUACUUCAUCUGCCUGGCCAUCACUUUUUUACUGAAUGUCAUCAGCCUGUUUGGAAUAUUUGAGCUGAAGACCCCAAUUUGCUAUCUCACCGGAUAUGCUGGCUACUUCACUGUAAUGGCCACUUUUCUCUGGCUUUCCGCCAUAAGUUUCGAUGUUUGGAGAAGAUUCGCCAUGCGAAAGUUCCAGGAUUUCUACAAGAACAAAAGGAGCAGUUUCUUUAACUACAAUAUUAUCGUGUGGAGCUCUGCUGGACUUUUAACGUUCAUCAUUUUUUUAGUCGAUCAAUUUGUUGAAACCAAUUUAGAUAAUCCGUAUAAUCCUGCGGUGGGAGUAUUUUCUUGUUGGAUAUUUACUAAUGGAUGGUCCGCAACGUUUUAUUUUUACGCCCCACUGGCGAUCCUAAUAAUUCUAAACUGCGCAAGUUUUUUUAUAACAACCCGAUAUAUUUACGUGGAGAACAAACAAAAUCAGAAAGUGCUAAAUAAAUGCGAACAGCAAAAGCUUUCCAGGAACCAUGCCAACUAUCGAAUAUAUCUUCGCCUGUUUAUCAUAAUGGGCGGAAGUUGGUUUCUCGAAAUCAUUGCCUUUAUAUGCGAGAUGGAGAAUAUGUGGAAUCCCUUAAUUAUUCUAAACGAUUACAUAAACUGCAGUCAGGGUAUAAUAAUAUUUGUAGCUACAUUCUGCAACCAGGAAAUGUUUAGGCUAAUACGCAAGCGCAUCCAAAAUCGAAAUAUUACUUCCGUAGACUUGACCAGUACGAGUCGUCCUGUGGAAUCUGAGAAAAUGGCCGACGUGGAAUUAAGAGAUUGAGCAAAAUUAAGUA